AUGGCCAAUCACCUCAGAAACUUGUUCAUAACAGCAAACUUUGGGGGUGUUCCUAUUCCCAAAAUCAUGAUAGAUGGGGGAGCAACAAUUAAUCUUCUGCCUCACAGAAUGCUGAGCAAAAUGGGCAGAACAGAGAGGGAUUUGAUUCCAACACGCUUGACUGUCACUAACUUCGCAGGGGGCAUCACCAAAACUCAUGGGAUCUUAGAUGUGGAUGUUAUAGUUGGAAGCAAGAAGCUGAAGAUUGCAUUCUUUGUGGUGGACACUACUUCUACCACUUACAAUGCACUGCUUGGCAGAGACUGGAUUCAUCAGAGUCUAUGUGUUCCUUCCACUCUUCAUCAAUAG